AUCGGUGUGGAAAUACGACCUGACUCCUCCAAUCCAGACCACAAGCACCCUUUACGAACGGGGCUUUGAGAAAAUCAUGAAGCGGCAGAACAAGGAACAGGUUCCACCCCCUGCUGUGGAGCCUCAGAAACCAGCAAACAAGAAGCAGCCAAACAAGAAGGCGGCGACUCUCUCCAAACAAAACCAGAAGCAGAGUCGCUUCCGCAGCCUGGAGGAGGCUCUCAAAGCUCUGGAUGUGGCAGCUCUGCAGAAGGAACUGGACAAGAGCCAGAGUGUGUUCUCUGGGAACCCAUCCAUAUGGUUGAAGGACCUGGCCAGCUAUCUCAACUACAAGCUCCAAGCUCCUCUAAGUGAGCCCACACUGAGCCAGCACACUCAUGAUUAUCCCUACAGCCUGGUGAGCCGGGAGCUGCGUGGGAUCAUCCGAGGACUACUGGCAAAGGCAGCAGGGUCUAUGGAGCUCUUUUUUGACCAUUGUCUGUUCACCAUGCUGCAAGAGCUGGAUAAGACACCAGGGGAGUCACUACAUGGUUACCGCAUCUGUAUCCAAGCUAUUCUGCAAGACAAGCCCAAGAUUGCCACGACGAACCUGAGCAAGUUCCUGGAACUGCUGAGGUCCCACCAGAGCCGACCAGCAAAGUGUCUGACCAUCCUGUGGGCCCUGGGUCAAGCUGGUUUUACCAACCUCACUGAGGGAUUGAAAGUGUGGCUGGGGAUCAUGCUGCCGGUGCUGGGCAUCAAGUCUUUGUCUCCAUUUGCCAUUGCAUACCUGGAUCGGCUGCUCCUGAUGUAUCCCAACCUCACCAAGGGCUUUGGCAUGAUUGGCCCCAAGGACUUCUUCCCACUUCUGGACUUUGCCUAUAUGCCCAACAACUCCCUGACACCCAGCCUGCAGGCGCAGCUGUGUCAGCUCUACCCCCGACUGAAGGUGCUGGCAUUUGGGGCGAAGCCAGAAUCCACCCUGCAUACCUACUUCCCUUCCUUUCUGUCCAGAGCCACCCCUAACUGUCCCCCUGAGAUGAAGAAAGAGCUCCUGGGCAGCCUCACUGAGUGCCUGACUGUGGACCCUCUCAGCGCCAGCGUCUGGAGGCAGCUAUACCCCAAGCAUCUGUCGCAGUCCAGCCUACUGCUGGAGCACUUGCAUAGGACCUGGGAGCAGAUUCCUAAGAAGGUGCAGAAGUCUUUGCAAGAAACUAUUGAGUCCUUCAAGCUUGCCAACCAGGAGCUGCUAAGGAAGGGCAAUGGUAACAACCAGGAUGUCGUCACCUGUGAUGCGGCCUGCAAGGGUCUGUUGCAGCAGGCACGGGUCUCUCGGCUACCCUGGACACGGUUAGUCCUGUUGCUGCUGGUCUUUGCCAUAGGUUUACUGUGCCAUGACCUCCGCUCACACAGCUCUUUUCAGGCAUCCUUUGCUGGCCGGUUGCUUCAGUCGUCUGGUUUCCUGCCUGUUGGCCAACAAGCAUGUGCCACGCUCUACUCCUACAGCCUGCAAGGCUACAGCUGGCUAGAGGAGACAUUGCCAGCCUGGGGCUCCCAUCUGCUAACUGUGGUGCAGCCUGGCGUGCAGCUGGCCUGGGACUACACCAGUGCCACAGUCAGCUUCCUUUCUGCCCACUGUGCCUCCCACCUUGCCUGGUUCGGUGACAGCCUCACCAGCCUCUCUCAGAGGAUACAGAUCCAGCUCCCUGCCGCCCUGAGCCAGCUGCUCCAUAAUCUGGGGGAGCUGCUCCUGCUUCUCUAUCAGAACAUACUGCUGCCGUUGUGGCACCUGCUGCUUGAGACCCUGGCCUGGGCCCAGGAGCACUGCCACGAGGUGUGCAGAGGUGAGGUGACCUGGGACUGUGUGAAGACACAACUCAGUGAGGCUGCCCGCUGGACCUGGCUCUGCCUGCAGGACAUUACCAUGGCUUUCUUGGACUGGGCAUUCACCAUGAUAUCCCAGCAAUAGGCCCUGCCUCCCUGGCCAGUGGUUUCAGUCGAGGGCAGGCCAUCUGAGACUGCUUGGGGCAGAGGGUGGCAGUUCUGCAUGAGGGUCUUUUUUUACUUGGUGCCUGAGUUCUGUCUCCUAGGUAAGUGGCCUCUGCCCCAGUUCUUCCAUGUUUGGUGGGGACUGGGCCCAGAGGGAUCUCAUCCUGCCACCCACAAAUCCACUGAACACUUCUCUGAGCACAUGGCUCCCAGCUUCCAUCCUCAGGCUGGUAGCCUCUCAACUCUUCUCUUGCUCCUGCCCUCCACUUCCCUCCGUCUCAUUCCUCAAGCCCCAAAUAGCUCAUCUCUAAAAAGAUGGGAGUCCUGUGUGUGGCUUCUGCAUUCUUCUGACAAAUGAUUCCUGCUCUAAGACUUUAGCAGCUUCCUGUCCCAUUCUUGGUCACAACUUUAGCCGCAGUGGAAAAAGGAAAGGGACCUCCAGAAGAUCCAGAAGAAUACAGUAGCACAGUGCACAACAGCAGCUUUACCUCUACCUGCAGACUGGGUGCCGCUGUCAGUGGACUUAGGCGACUGGGUGGAAAUGCCUCUCGCCUCAAAACAGGACUUCAGCCCUUUGAGGCCCCUCACUGCCCUCACCAUCAUAAUCCUACCUUGACUCUCCUUUCCCCUUCAUGCUGGGGGGCUGUGCCUCAAGGCUCAGCUCCUCUCUGCUGCCCAUGCCAUCAUCCAUCUGGAGAGCAGAGCCCAGGCAUUUGUGUGCCUCGGGCCCAGGAAACUUCCACCAGUCUGUUGAGACAGGACUCGGCAUAUGGUUGGAUAUGCCUACUAGGAAUAAAGGACACAGAUUUGAUUUCUA